ACAUGAAACAUUAUUACGUAAAAUGAAUAUCAUUACACGUGAUACACCAGAUGGUUUAUUACUUGAAUUAUUAAUUAAUAAUUCAAAAUAUUUUGAUCAACGUGGUUAUGAAUCAACUGUUAAUCGUUCAUUAUUAUGGGGUGAUCUUGAAAUAAAAACUGAUCCAAUAACAUCAAUUGAAUAUAUUGAAUAUAAACGAACACCACCUAUAUCAACAAAUAAAGAUUCAACAACAAAUGACAUACCAAUAACUAAUUUACGUGCUUAUGCAAUAUCAUCACAUCCAAAUGAAUGUCCAGUUGUUGCAUUACGUCUUUUAUCAUAUCAUCGUCCACCACAAUGUUCAAAUGCUGAUGCACCAUUCUAUCUUGUACCACGUACAUCAGCUGAUCAACGUGUUUGGUAUAAAACAAUACGUGCUGGUCGUCAUCGACUUGAUUUAUUACUUCAACAAGCUAUGCAAAAAGCUGGUAUUAAUGGAAAAUUUUCUUGUAUGAGUUUAAGAAAAGGAAAAAUCAAAGGUUUACUUAUUCCAACAACGUCUUCAAAUGUUACUUCCAUAACAAAUUUAGAUAACUCAUCAACAUCAACAUCACCAUCAACAAAUGACGAAAAAUCAAAAAUCAAUGCAAUAUCACCAUUAUCAAUAACAGAACAACAACAACAAUUAUCAUCAACACUGAAUAAUCAUAAACGAACAACAAGUUCAACAUCAAAUUCUAAUUGUUCAGAAUUACUUGAUUUAUCAUCUCACAAUAACAAUAAUAAUAAUAAUAAUAAUAAUAACAAUGGUGUAAUUAAUUUAGCAAAAAAAAUAAAACGAGAAUCAACACCACCAUCACUUUUAUUACCAAUGCCAUGUUCUGUAUUAAAUAAUGGUACAAAUUCUAAUCAUCAACAUUUAACAUCAAUGCUUCCACUUCAACAACAAUCACAAAAUCAUCCACAACGUCCACUUGUUACUGCUGAUGAUUUACCAUCAUUAGUUGCUCAAACACCAACAUCAGUAUCAAUAUCAUCCGCUAAUAAUAAUAAUAAUAAUAACAAUAACAAUAAUAAUAACAAUAAUAAUAAUAAUAAUAAACGUAAAUUAACAUCACAUGAUACGUUUACAGCACUUUAUUCAGCGGCACAUUCAAAAUCAUCACGACAAUCAAAAAUGAAUGUUUUACGUAAAUAUCUUGAAGAAACACUUGGUCUUGUAGAAUUUCUUACAUUAUAUGAAUAUUUACGACGUAAUUCCCAUAUUAAAUUACAAGGUACACCUAUUGAACAUUAUGAACAUGUUUUACCAGUUUUACUCACAUUACUUAUGCUUGAAAAUACAGCAUAA